CUGUUGGAACAUGUUUAAAGUGCUUGUAAAUUCGUCGUGCAAUCGUUCUUUUUGCAUUUUUCUUUGUCUUUGCUCGGAUUGAGACAGGGAUGGCGGUAGAUUGCCAAGCUCUUUAAUAUAGCCAUUUGUAUCUUUCACAAGCUGUUGCGUGUAAUGUUGAAGGGAGUGCAACUGCUUGCGAAGUUCAGGCGAGUCUUGAUGACUACCAAUCUGGUUGACCAUUCUUUGCAUUGAAGAUACUGAUGAAAGUAUUUAUGGUAAUAGUGAAUGUGGUAGGAUGGUUUUGAGCUUACCAUUUUGAGAAAUCUUUUGUAUGCUAGAGGCAAUGGUUUGGGACAAUUUUUGGAAGUCUUGAUCCCUACUUUGGCUUCCGUUUUGGUAAGAAUCCAUAAUUAGCCUUGAUUUUUACACUUGGGAAAAAAUAGUCAGUGGUUUACUUUGUUGCAAAACAAUGAAUUUUCUUAUGGUUAUCUUACCUUAGAGCAUUAAUGCGUCUUCGAAUUUAUCUUUCAGAGAUAAUUGGAAUUAAUAAUUAAAGGUGUUUAUUUGAUUAAAAUCAAUAAAAAGCUUUGAGUCAUCACUGGAAAAAUCCCACACAUUUGACAAUCAGCUGGUAGGGUAAAGGGGCACUUGAAUUUUCUUUAUUUCGACAAUUUCAAGAGCCGGGAACAGGCAAAAAUUUAUCUAGAAUACAAAAUUAAACUAAAAGAGAGGAGGGCUCAUCGAUAUUAUCGUUAAACCCUUGUCUAGGACUAGGAGUAUCUACAGAUUUCUGUAAUAAGGUGUCCCCCUAUAGGUGUCCCUCUACAGUCCUAGCAGUGUAUGACCAAAAAAUUUCCUUAUUUGAACAACAAACACAAAAUGCAAAAUCCCAACGAAGACACAGAAUGGAACGACAUCCUAAGGGCCAAAGGCAUAAUCCCCCAAAAAGAAAAAGAAAUAACGGAGGAUAGCAUUAUUUCUAUGCUCGAAGACACCAUCGAGAAAAAGACUCAAGUUGGCAACAGACAAGAAAGCUCAGAAGAUGACGACGACUUGGAUUCACUUGACUCAGAAGAUGAGGCUGUUCUAUUACAAUACCGUAAGAAUCGUAUUGCGGAAAUGAAAGCCCUAUCAGAACGGUCAAAAUUUGGUUACGUUGGAGAAAUAUCUGCACCAGAGUAUGUGAAUGAGGUCAACAAAGCUGGAGAGGGUAUUUGGGUCGUUUUACAUCUUUAUAAACAAGGCAUCCCUUUAUGUGCCCUUAUAAAUGAACAUUUAAGAAACUUGGCUCCCAAAUUCCCAACUGUAAAAUUCCUAAAAUCUAUAUCUACAACAUGCAUACCAAAUUACCCGGACAGAAAUUUGCCUACAAUAUUUAUCUAUUUUGAGGGUAACUUAAAAAAACAAAUAGUUGGACCAUUGGAAUUUAGGGGACCUAAUUUAACAAAAGAUGAACUUGAAUACUUAUUGGGCCAAUCUGGUGCGAUUGAAACUCAAAUCAAAGAAGAUCCAAGGCCUAAAAUCAAAGACAAACUCAUGCAAGACCUAGCAGAAAGCAACGAUUGGACUUUAUAAUAAUAAUAUUAAUAAAUAAAAAUUUAUUACAAUCAAAAUUCAUCAUCAUCUUCACUAUCAAUAUUGAAAUUCCUACUUUUCAAUUCCUCAUUAAUUUGUUUGUCAAACUCCUGAGAAGGUUCUGAGAAUCCUUGCAGCAAACUUUGAUGUUCCACAUCGUCUUGCUGCGCAGUCAACCAAUGAUUUAAGGGAUGUGGGUUUUCGGAGUACAACUGCGAUAUUACACAAUCAGUGCAGAAGUCAACAGAAUCUGGACAAACUACACAGAACCAUCUGUGUCCUUUUAUAGGAGAUUCGUCGCAAUAAUCACACUUAAAUCCAGUGUGAUUAAAUGGUACAAAAUUGUCUUCUUGUUCUUUGAUUUUGAUUUCUUUUACUCUUUUUAGGAGUUUUAGUUUCAAUUCUGGAAUAUCUUCCGGUGUGGGUUCUGGUAAAGGGGAACCGUGAUUGUAGUAGUUAUUUGGUAUAAGAUAAUUAUCUGUUUCUUCCUUCGAGGUUUUAGUACAUAAUUCACUAGGCCCGGGAAUUUUAUUUAAGUCAUCCAUUUGAACAGGAAUUGAAAGUUGAGGGAAAAAGUUGGUAGGCUUGUACAAAUAGUGAUUGUGCCUUUGGUGUUU